AAAUUUCUUUGCCCUCUAUUACUCAAGAACCCUAAAACGUGGCUCUCUCUCUCUCUCUCUGAGAUUCGUGUAGCCGACGUUAUCCACUCUCCCUCUCCUGUAUCAAAAAUCUCCGAUGAUUCGUGUAUCCGGAAGGAGAGAUCCAUGAAGAUUGGAAUUCGAAGGAAAGUGAGUUUGGUUUGAAAGAGUGGAAAUCAACGGAAGAGACAUUGGAAUCAAAGUCAGAGGUCGCGAGAACAGGGAAUCGAUUGGAAUUCGAAGGAAAAUGGGUUUUCUUUAGUUUCAGAGUCCCACCCUAUGAUCGUGUCGUGGUGAUCCCCUUCUUCCAUUGUCAAAGUUUCAGUUUAAGGAAAAUUUUAAGCACAUGAAUCAGAAUAUCAAUAAGCUCUUGUGAAAGAGGGUGAAGACUCUAAUGAUCUGAUACCAAAACUUGAGGACAAUAGCCUUAAAAUGCAACAAUUGUUGCUUGAUGAGGAAAAGGUCCCUAGAAGACAUCAGAGAGUUCCAAAGUCCGGCAUAGGUUGGAUUCAGCCAUUUAUGCCUUGGGUUGGGCAUCAUCUUACAGUAGUACACGGAGGAGAAGAAUCAUUAUUAUUGAUCCUGUAUGUCAAUAGGUUUUCAUCAGAACCAACACGUCACAGCCAUCCCAUAUUAGCCCACAGGGCCGCGGCAUCCCCACCACCUGUUUGAUAGAAUGCUUCAGAACGAGUGAGUGACCCUUAACUCUCACAACAGCAACAACAUAGGAGUGAGUGAGUAUGUCUAAUUAUAAUCUAUUCCUUUUGUGGUGUACUCGCCACACCCGCAUUUUCAGUAAUAGGGGCUUUUGUACCAGCAGCAGCAAGAAUCCACCACCCAAGUUGUUAGAUUUUACUAAAAUUGAAAUAUCUCGCCUCCCCACUGUCAUCAUUCUCGGACGACCUAACGUUGGAAAAUCUGCACUCUUUAACCGACUCAUUCGUCGAAGGGAAGCUCUUGUUUACAACACACCCAAUGAUCAUGUCACCCGCGAUAUUCGUGAAGGUGUCGCUAAAUUAGGUCACUUGCGUUUCAGAGUUUUGGACUCUGCUGGCUUGGAAGCUGAAGCCACUUCCGGUUCCAUUCUCCACCGAACCGCUUCUUUCACUGCCAAUGUAUUGUCUAACUCUCACUCUUUACUCUUCCUCACUGAUGGAAGAGCUGGACUUCAUCCUCUUGAUCAGGAAGUUGGAAAAUGGUUGCGCAGGAAUGCACCUCAAAUUAAACCUAUUCUUGUUAUGAAUAAAUCUGAGUCACUUUUUGAUUCCGAUGACUCUCUUGCGUCUGCCGCUAAUGAAAUGUCCCGGUUAGGAUUUGGGGAUCCUAUUGCUAUAUCUGCUGAGACUGGGCUUGGUAUGCAUGGCUUGUUUCUGUCUCUUAAGCCUGUUCUCGAGGACUAUAUGCUUCGUUUCUUGAAUGAUGAAAGUGCUCAAGAGAAUAGUUGCGGUGAUGAGACUAGUUCCGCAGAGGUUGACGAAAGUAAACUGCCGUUGCAAUUAGCAAUUGUAGGACGGCCCAAUGUUGGUAAAUCAACCUUACUAAAUACAUUGUUGCAAGAAGAGCGUGUUCUUGUGGGCCCUGAAGCUGGCCUGACAAGAGAUGCAAUCAGAACUCAGUUUGAAUUUCAAGGAAGAACAAUUUAUCUGGUUGAUACCGCUGGUUGGUUGCAGAGGACAAAACUGGAGAAAGGAGCAUCAUCCUUGAGCAUUAUGCAAUCAAGAAAGAGUCUACUCCGGGCUCAUAUAAUUGCUUUGGUACUAGAUGCUGAUGAGAUAGUAAAUGCUAAACGAAGUAUGAAACAUGCUGAAGUAGUUAUAGCCAGACGAGCCGUGGAAGAGGGACGUGGUCUGGUUGUGAUUGUGAACAAGAUGGACCUUCUAAGGGGCAAAAACAAAUCAUCAUCCUACGAGCAGAUUCUCGAGGCUGUUCAACACGAAAUACAGACAAUUAUACCUCAGGUUACCGGAAUCCCAGUAGUAUUCAUUUCAGCAUUGGAGGGAAGGGGCCGUACAACUGUCUUGCAUCAGGUCAUUGAUACAUACGAAAAAUGGUGUACAAGACUAUCUACAGCUCGUCUUAACCGAUGGUUGAAAAAGGUUAUGAGUAGGCAUUCUUGGAAAGACCAGGCAGCACAGCCUAAGAUCAAGUAUUUUACUCAGGUUAAGGCUCGACCACCUACGUUUGUUGCAUUUGUGAGCGGGAAGACUAAGCUUUCUGAUACAGACAUCAGGUUCUUAACAAAAUCCUUGAAAGAUGACUUCGAUUUGGGUGGAAUUCCUAUACGGAUCAUGCAACGUGCUAUCGCUAAGAAAGAUGCCGGUGGAAGUAGCAAGAGUAGCCAUCCAAUAGGCAGAGUGACUGAAAGGGUCAAGUCUGACAAGAGAGAUAGAGGCGACUUAGUUGAAUCAAAGGCAUGAUCAUCUCCCCAUUCUGCAAAUAAUUGCAAAAGGAAGCUUGGAUACCCUCUAAUUAUAGACCCUUUGUUUUCAUACUUUGGAAACUCCGAACAAGUGUUUGACUGAAGGAAAUAUUUCUGACUUCUGCUUGUGCCGCCCGGGACUACGGUAAACAAUAUUACAAGCAAAGGGCUAUUAGAUGCCCACUUUUAUUAAUUUUUAGUUUUAUUUUUCCGUGCAUAAACUUGACCCGGAAUUCUUGAACCACUUGUGGUAAUGAUUUAAGCACAAUUUCAAAUGUGCUGAACUUGUAUAUACAUAAGACUAGAACUAAAAUAUGAUGGGUUGGUUUUAGUUAUAAAAUAUUAUCUCAUGCCAUGAUAUAACAGAAAUAGUUCUGGGACAAAA